GCCCCACCACAGCCCCAACUCCAGCCCAACCCCAGCCCCAGCUCCCAAAUUGUACUAUGAUAAUUCUUGAUUAGUCAACUGAGGUUUUUGGAGUGACCGCCUUCGUGCGUUUAUUUUUUACAUGGUGGAUGUAUGACAUUCACACUGGUCAAAUGCGGCAAUCCUUACAGAAGAAAUAUCACUUGAAGAAUUCACCGUGUAAUGCAUGUUGUUUGCAUUGCUGCUUGCACUGGUGUGCCUUGUGUCAAGAACACAGGGAGAUGAAAGGAAGGCUCUCAGACAACAUGUUUUCAGAAAUGACCGUUGUAAACCCUCCUCCCAUUCAAGAGAUGAAAUCUACAGAUGAGAAGGAAACUGCUGAAACAUCUUCACCCAACAACAACGGUCAUACUGAUUUGGAGAUACAGGCUGUAUAAGGAAGGCAUAGCAUUGUUAAUAUCAUGCAUGAGGUUGGGGAUACCAUGUGUUCUUAAUAGGGAUUCUUUUUUUUUUUCUUUUGACCUUGCUUCAUUGAACGAUUCACAUGUAGGUUUAUCACAUAAACACAACUUUCUUCGGCUUUAUACAGCCUAAUUAU